UUUAACAAUAUGCAAAAUCAAGCUUUAAUUUCAGAGACAAAAAUAUUACAGCAUAUUAUUAUAAGUGUUUAAAAAUUGAUCUAAAGAAAACCUUUGAUGAUUCAAAAGGAAGAAACUUUAAUAGCCAAUGACCACAGUUACUAAAAUAAUCACUUAAUUUCGAUCAGAUUUUAGAUAGCAAUACACUAAUACAUAUGAGCUAGGAUUUUAAUCCAACAGUUGGGUUUUGGCUUGGACAGGCAACACUUGAUGCACUUUCGUUUGAGCUGCCUAAAGCAGCUUCAAGAUUUGGAGGGGUCUCAGAUAAAUGCUUGGUCAUUGCUGGUAAAGUGAUUGACCGGUUUGUGUCAUUGUGUAGUCCUCGAGAGAUGCUUCCCAUUCUCUGUGAGGCAUUAGAUUCCCCAAGUGAAAUGAACAGUGGUUCUAGUUAUUUUGUCCCUCUUCUAAAUGGGCUUUCUCAAGUUCUUAUAUCCAUUCAGAAGCGGCACUUUGAACAACUAAAAACGGCAAUCCCCAUUGUUGUCAAAGUUUUAAUGGCCGUGUCUUCAGAGUUUGACAAUGACUGUACAGAACUGAAAGAUCUUUAUGAUGGAGCUUUGAGUAUAGCGAAUUCAGUACAUUCAGUUUGCAUAAAACAGGAGGGCAGUGUAAAUGAGAAGAUUCGUGCUCUACUUGGCCUAUAUGUCCUGCAAAUUAUGGUUGACAUUGCUGCAUCUAGCUGAAGUUCCCUUUCUGCUGUUUGUUGUUUUGAUAUAUUAAGUAGUGAAAGAAUUUCCCGUUUUGGCUUUUUUUAUAUUCACAUCUUUUAUAUUCCCAUUGAUUAUAGAUUAAGUACUUAAGGUUACUACACUUUUGAUAUAAUACAUGAGUAACAAGUUUUAUGAUUAUUGUUAUCUUUUGCAUAUAUUAUUAGUUUAUAUUUAGUUUACGAUAUACAUGGAAUUUAAGUUUUAGAAUCGAUUUUAUUAACAAUUUUGGUAUUGUGUGAUUAGUUAAUAGAAUCGAUUACUAAUUUAAUAUAA